AUGAAAGGCGACGAGGAGGCCGGGUUCGUUCAACGGCCGUCCGUACGAAGCUCGGCUUGGCGGCCGCAACAGUCAAGCAGCACGAGUCCGGGCGACGGCAGCAACCCUGGCUCGCUGAAACGAGAGAAACUUGAUCCGGCAAAGGAAGCUCAGGCGCAUCUGCAAAACGCCAUAGACAUGCAAAUCGACACCAGCAAACUGCCGCGGCAUCCGUUCCAGUUCAUCAUUCCAAUGAACAGCGUAGCUGUCCUGUGGUGGGCAUACGGCAUCAACCUCAUCCACCUCUUCAACAUCAUAACCAUACCCGUUUACUUAGCCUGGCCAGUCGGAUCCAACAUUCUCCAGAUCAUCUACUUUUUCCUGGGCAUCGACUGCAUCAUGAUGAUGGAUUGCCUGGUGCAGUCGCGCGUCACCUUCAAGAACGAUUACGGCGUAUACGUGCGCUGGGAGCCUUGUGCCGCUCGAUGCCCGUCGGCUCUGCUGGCGAUUCCAAAGUCGCCGCAUAAUCUUGUUCUGUGCUUGCUCUGGGCGUCGUCGACUCUGAUGCAAUAUCCGAUUCGCGGGCUCUCACAGCCGAUAACGCGACUGGUCAAAACCAUGGUUAUCCUCAUGAUCAUGGGCCACAUCGACGGGUGUCUAUUCUGGACGAUCGACAAUCUAUUGAUUCCCGGCAACCGCUGGAUCGAUCGAAACAACCUACUGUUCGACACCAACGGAAAUAUCGUGCCACAAUCGACCCAGUACCUCACUUCGUACCUAUCGGCGCUCAGAUCGCUCGUGCUCAAGCUGCGCGACACAGAGCUGGACACCGAGAACAUUUAUGUGAUAUUUGAGUUCGUAGCUGGGAUCCUGGCCUAUGGAACUGUCUUUGGAAACAUACACAGUAUUGUCGAGAUGCUUGACCACACAGCAGCGUCGACCAAAGCAGAGGAGCGCCACAAAUUUGAGAUGGCAUGGCUGCGAAAGUACAUGCGCGAGAAAGGAUUGCUUCCGGACAUUCAGAAGAUGGUGACAGCUCACAAGGCGCUGCAGUGGCGAAGAAGCCAGGGCAUGGACGAGGCACAUUUGUUUGACGAUAUUCCAAAGUCCGUUCAACAAGAGAUCAAGAAUUUUCUGUAUCUGGAUCUGGUGCAGAGCGUACCGAUAUUCCAGGAAACCGACAUGCAAUUCAAAAACUCGGUGACGUUCAAAAUGAAGCCCUUGCUUGUACUGGAUAACUGGUUUGUGUUCAGGAAGGGAGACGACGGCAACGAAAUGUAUUUUAUCAAGAAGGGGCGAGUUCAAAUCGUCGGUGAUACCGGUCAGAUAUUCUGUACACUAAACGCCGGCAGCUUCUUUGGCGAGAUCGCCCUAUUCGAAGACUGCAAACGAACGGCAUCGGCCAAGGCGAUGGGAGACGUCGAGCUCUGCGUUCUGACCAAGGAAGACUUCAAUGAGGUCUUGCGGCAGAACGAGAUCGUCGCCGAGCACAUCCGUACGACCAUCGCGCAGCGGAAGGAAAACGAAGCCAAGAAGAAAGUCGAGGCCGAGAGUGCCGUCCGUGAUCGGAACCGGUCCGCAUCGAUCUUCAAGCGGAGCGUCAACAGCAUCCGGAUAGGCACACAUUCGCUGUCGGGCCUGUACAAGUCAUCGAAGGAGGUGUUUACCAAGAGCUUUGGAAUGCUGGACGAGGAAGAUUCCUGAUCUGCGGCGAGGGGGGUGGUCAUCAGACGCCGCUUCUGAUCCUGAAUAUACACACAUGCGCUGGC